GUCAAGCUUGUAAACUGGGUUUUUAUUGCGACUAACGAUGUCUAAUAACUCAAAUUUUUGCUUGAAAUUUUGAGAAAUUAGAAACUCACAGUUUUAUAGAAUUUUCAGCUUUCAUCAAAAGAUAUAAAUUGCUUCUUUCAAAACAAAGAAUUUUAUUCAGAAACAAUCUGAUCAAAUUGAAUUAAAUCCAACAGUAUGAAGCCAUCUACAGCUCUUCAAUGAAAUAGUUGAUCCUUGAUAAAUCUAAGAGACAAAGGCCAUAGGCUUCAAGGGUUUUCGUCUGCUGAAGUACAAUCUGUAAUAGAAAAUUCGCCAUGAAGGAAUCAGAUAGAUGUGAUUACUCAAGAUAACAAUCUUGGUAGUAGUGUUAACCUUGACCCCUCCCCUCCUUCUCAGGAUGAUGACAGACAUCCAAUGCUUCUUCAAAACACAACGAGAGAGGACCAUAAUCUAAGAGAUUGCCUCAGAUUUUGCAGGAAGUUCUUCCUGAAAUUAUUUAAAAACCACAACCCUGAAAUUGUCAGGAAGAGGUUUUUGAAAGCUCAACUCUCACUCUCCUCAAGAUUAUGACUGAUGAAGAAGUGACUCCCAGCCUGGCUUACUUCUUAGUAGGCAUUCUGAGUCUCAAGAGUCCAUCCAGAAUGAGAUGCUCUUCUGAAGUCAAGAAAGAAAUUCGCCUAUUUUUAGAAACAACAAGGAAGUUCUCCAUGAUAAAGUUCAGAGCAAUCAUGAAGUCUCAGAAUCUUCAGAUAUUAGUGAAGUACUUGGCUGAACAUUGCGAUGAUCCAAAGGCACUAAAACUAAGAGAUGCGCUGAAAUCGCUUC